AUGAUCAAGUCGGCAACUCCUACCACUUCGGUGGCCCCAAUUCCCACCAUUGUCCCGACUCGUCCCAUCUUCGUCAAUGCCGGUGACACUGGACAUCGAACCCUCUGGGUUGUCGUUGUGUUAAUGGGACUUUCAUCCCUGGCCUUCUAUGCCAUGGCAUUCCGUGUACCAGUGCAAAAACGUCUCUUCCACAUCUUGACUGCUUUCAUCACCACCUUUGCAUUCCUUUCAUACUUUGCCAUGGCCACCGGUGAUGGAAUCAACUACCACAGAUACACCGUCACCGAAACCCACAAGAAAGUGCCAGAUACCCACCAGGACUAUUUCCGUCAAAUAUACUGGGCGAGAUAUGUUGACUGGACCGUCACUACUCCGCUUCUCCUUCUCGAUCUUGCUCUUUUGGCUGGCCUCAGCGGGGCCAAUAUCCUUGUUGCGGUGGUUGCCGAUGUCAUCAUGAUCCUCACUGGUCUCUUUGCUGCCUAUGGUAAGACAGAUGGCCAAACGUGGGGUUGGUACGCCUGGGCUUGCAUUGCCUACAUUGUCAUUGUCUAUCAGCUUGCCUCUGCUGGACGCACCGCCGUUGCAAACAAGGACAGCAAGACCAAGGCUUUCUAUGGCUCCAUUGCUGGAUUCACUCUCAUCGUCUGGACCAUCUACCCAAUUAUCUGGGCUCUUUCCGAAGGUGCUCACAUCAUUUCAGUCGAUUCCGAGAUCCUCGCUUAUGCUGUACUUGACCUUCUUGCGAAACCCGUCUUUGGCUUCUGGCUCUUGUUCACACACGACAGCAUGUCGAGCACAUCUCCCUCGCUUGAAGGAUUCUGGUCCAAUGGUUUUGGCAGUCAAGGCGCUCUCCGAGUUGGUGACGAUGAUGAAGCUUAA